UAUGGAAUGGCCUCAGCUCUCAGCUCAGAGUAAAGUGAAAUGAUGGUGAAAUGUGUAAUGAUACAUCCGUGGUGUAAUGUAAUUUUUAGCCUCCAUAAAUGUAAUAAAUAGCACUAUGAAUAGUAAUAAAUUUCAUAAUAAAUAAAAUAAGGACUUAAGGAGUGAGAAGUGAGAAGCUGUAACAUUUCACUAUUUUGAGUAUUUUGUUCCCCAUGCUGUAUUUCAGUCAACAGUAGAAUAUGCCGAGUUUAUGUAUAUAAAACCGGGGCCUUUGCCGGGGCUUUAGUAGUUUGAGAGGUAAAAUUACUCCAAGUGACAACAUACUAGCAGAUUCCAGCCAAUACUUAGCUUAUAUCUUUCACAAAAUUGUCUGUUCCAAAUGGCAAAUGCUGAUAUUGAUACUCCAGAUUUUAGUAACUGGCUUGAUGGCAAACUACAAGAACUUAAUACAGAUGAAACGGUUUUUGGUGCAUAUAUUAAAGGCAUUUUAGAUAGCGAUGAAACUACAGAAGAAAAAUUAGAGGCUUUGUAUGGAAUAUUUGCUGAAAUUGUUGAAAAUGAUAAGGACAUAUCUAAAAUCUGCAAUGAAAUUUUAGAAAAUUGGCAAUUACUGAAGCCUAAAGAUCCGAUAUCUUUAAUUUCUAAUGUAGAUUUAAAUGAUAAAUUAGCAAAACUGCUUGAAAACCAAUCCUUGGCCACUAGCAGACAAAAGGAAUAUACAGAGGAGGAGAAAAAAAUUAGGGAUGCAAUUUUAUCUCAGUAUAGUCAAAUGACCGAUUCAGAAGAGGAAGAUGAAGAUAAACCUACAGGAGAAAGUAAAUCUAAGGAACUAGAAAAGAAUAUAAAUGCUCAAUUAGUAGCUGACGCAGAAAAGCAAAAGAGAGAACAUUCUAGAUUGGAAAGCCAAAAGAAGAAAGAGAAGGAUAAAGAAGAUAGAGAGAAGCAAAAGCAGUUAAAGGAAGACAAGAAAGAGAAACGAAAGACCCAAAAAGGUGAAAGAAAAAGAUAGCAGUCAUAAAAUUAUAUAUUGUACAUUUUUUUCGUUUAAUGUUGGAUCUAUAUUAUGCCAUUAUUAACAAUCUAAUUUUCUUGGUCUCGUGUUACUUAUAUUUAAAACCUAUGUGUAAAAAUAGAAUUUAGAUAUGUCUGGUCUCAA